UCGUAUUCUUUCGUAUAUAAUCGCAACUCCCGAAGCAUAUUUCGCGAAGUUGUUUCUUUUAUUGAACAAUGGAGGCAAUACUUGGACGUGUUUUUGUAUAUGGAGGUAAAGGUGCUUUAGGUUCGGCUUGUAUUUCAAAAUUCAAGUCGAAAAGUUGGUGGGUUGGCUGUAUUGAUAUGAAAGUAAAUGAACAAGCUGAUGCAAAUAUAAUUGUAAAAUCAGACAGUAAUUGGCAAGAACAGGAAGCUGAUAUUUUGCAACAAAUUACAAAUAUUUUAAAAGGAGAUAAAUUAGAUGCAAUUAUAUGUGUGGCUGGUGGAUGGGCUGGUGGAAAUGCAGCUCAUAAGGAUUUUGUAAAAAAUAGUGAACUUAUGUGGAAGCAAAGUGUAUGGAGUUCAGUUAUUGCUGCCAGCAUUGCUGCACAUCAUUUAAAAGAAGGAGGAUUUUUAUCAUUAACUGGUGCUAAAGCUGCAUUAGCAGAAACACCAGGGAUGAUUGGAUAUGGAAUGGCCAAAGCUGCUGUUCAUCAACUUACUAAAUCUUUAGCAACUAAAGAUAGUGGUUUUCCUAAAGAUUCUCUUGUUAUUUCUAUCUUACCUGUCACUUUAGAUACACCUAUGAAUAGAAAAUGGAUGCCAAAUGCUGACACAUCUAAAUGGACCUCACUUGAAUUUGUUGCAGACCUCUUUUGGAAAUGGUCACAAAAUCAAGAACGUCCAACAAAUGGAAGUCUUCUGCAAUUGAUUACCAAUAAUAACAAAACAGAAAUAGUUAUAGCUUAAAAAAAAAGUUGUAUAUCUAAAAAAAAGUUAUAUUUUUUGGACCAAAAACAUUUAAGCUUUUUCUCUUGAUGACAAUAUAUAUACAUUCUAAAUAUUUUAUA